GUAUAUAAAGCAUGCAAUAAGAACUAUCAUCGCAGGCUGUUUUGGAAUGGACAACCCGAUAAAUGGCACAAACUGGAGGAACCUCAGCGGGCUGAAGUACUGGGAUGGCCUGUUGGAUCCUCUCAACAUCGAUCUCCGGCGAUACAUCAUUCACUACGGCGAAAUGGCGCAGGCGACCUACGAUGCCUUCAACACGGAAAAAGCAUCCCGUUUUGCGGGAAGUAGCCGUUAUGCAAAGGAGGACUUCUUCUCCAAGGUGGGCUUGGAUGUGGGGAAUCCCUACAAGUACAAGGUGACCAAGUUCAUUUACGCGACGUCGCAGAUCCCGGUGCCCGACGCCUUCAUUUUGAAAUCGCUGUCGAGGGAAGCGUGGAGCAAGGAGUCUAACUGGAUUGGGUACGUCGCGGUGGCCACCGACGAGGGGGUGACGGCGUUGGGGAGGAGAGAUAUUGUGAUUGCUUGGAGAGGGUCGGUGCGGACACUGGAGUGGGUUGAUGAUUUUGAGUUCAAUUUGGUUUCAGCCUCAAAGUUAUUUGGGAAUCAAAGUGGUAAUCCUAAGGUGCAUGAAGGAUGGUACUCUAUGUACACUUCUAAUGAUUCCAGAUCCCCCUUCAACCGAUCCAGUGCAAGAGACCAGGUUAUCGAUGAGAUUCAAAGACUAGUGGAAGAAUAUGAGGAUGAAAGCAUCAGCAUAACCGUGACAGGCCAUAGCUUGGGUGCUGCACUUGCAACCCUAAAUGCUAUGGACAUAGUUGUCAAUAAGUUGAACAAAUCGAGGGACCAACUCGACAAGGCUUGUCCAGUGACUGCCUUCGUCUUUGCAAGCCCUCGGGUCGGAGACUCAAACUUAAAAGAUCUAUCUUCUGGGUUGAAAGACCUUCGAGUCUUGCGCGUCCAUAAUAUUCUAGAUAUUGUUCCUAACUAUUCCCUAUUUGACUACUCCAAUGUGGGCGAGGAGCUGCUCAUCGACACCCAAAAGUCGAAGUACUUGAAGAGUCCUGGAACGGUGUCAAACUGGCAUAAUGUGGAGACUUACCUUCAUGGAGUGGCAGGAACGCAUGGAGCAAAAGGGGAUUUCAAUUUGGAAGUCAAGAGAGACAUUGCACUUGUAAAUAAAGACCAAGAUGGAUUAAAAGAUGAGUACCUUGUGCCAGUUGCAUGGAGGUGUGAGAAAAAUAAGGGUAUGGUUCAACAGGGGGAUGGUUCUUGGAAGUUAAUGGACCAUGAGGGUGGUUUCUGA